AUGAACUCGUCUUCGGACGUUGCGAACGAACUAUUUUGGAAACUAGGCCGUAGUAUCUCUCGACCUCGAGGAAAAUUCGAGAUCUGUUGGCACAAGGGGGGUCAAAUAUAUUGUUUACAGGAUAUCGUACAACAUGAACGCAAUAUUAUUUCAGCCGCUUAUCAGCCGGGGAAGAAAAAUAUAAUUAUGGCACAGCAUUCUGCUCCAUAUUUCUCCACGGCGAAUAAUCUUAGAGGAAACACAACAAACAUCUGGGGGCAUAAUUUACUUUUAUUCCCAUAUGAGAUGCGCUGUAAAAAUUUAUUGGGGGCUGGGAUCAAGUUUAGGAAUGAUGAUAUAUGUCAUUUUAUGGAGGUUAUUGCAAUGGAAGGUGGUGUUGAUGGAUCGAUACUUGCAGUACUUGGACGCGAGAAUAUUUACGAUGCUGAAAAUUUCGAACGCCUCCGAUGGAAGGGAUUGAUAGAUAUUCUCUGUGGUACCUAA